AUGGAAGCAAUUUCAAAGAAAUUUGAAGUGGAAAAAUUCGAUGGCAAAGGUGAUUUUGGUCUAUGGAAAUAUAAGAUGCUGUGUCAGCUAGAGAUCUUUGGUUUGGGGUCUGUUCUUAAGGAGAAAACUCCUUCUACGGAUGAUGAAGGUGAAGAACAGAAAGAUGAAAAACCUGAUCCUAAGGAGCAAGACCGGGAAUUGCGUGUAAAGAAUCUGAUCAGUUUGUGUCUAUCUGACCUUAUUCUACGCAAGGUUAUGCAAGAGCCUACAGCACUGGCUAUGUGGAAGGCUCUAGAAGCUGAGUAUCAGACCAAGACAUUACCCAAUCGAAUCUACAUGAAGCAGAGAUAUGCAGGUUUUAGAAUGGAAGAGCACAAGUCCAUUGAGGAAAAUAUGGAUGUGUUUCUGAAACUUGUGGCUGAUCUAGCAAGUCUGGAUAUCAAGAUCAGUGAAGAAGAUCAAGCAAUUCAGAUCUUAACCAGCUUGCCCAAGCAAUACGAGUCUCUCGUUGAUGCAUUAAAAUACGGCAGCGGCAAAGAGAUUUUAACGGUUCGUGAUGUUACAAGCUCAGCUUAUUCUAAGGAAGUAGAAUUAAGAGAGAAGGGACUUCUCAACAAGUCCAAAGGUAACUCGGAGGGGUUGUUUGCUGGCGACAACAGAGGCAGAGGGGAGAAGAAGAGCGAUAAAACUUGGAGAGCUAGAUCUAAAAGCAAUAACAGAUCAAAAUCAAGACCUAAGUUCUCUAAAGAAUGUUGGACGUGUGGCAAGGAAGGACAUUUUAAAAAGCAGUGUCCAGAAAGAAAGAAGCCAUCAAAUUCGGUCAACAUAGCAGAAGAGAAGGAGGAACCAUUGGUAUUAGUGGCUAGCCAGCAAGCUACUAAGGACGAGUGGGUACUUGAUUCUGGCUGUACAUUUCAUAUCACCCCAAAUAAAGAUGUCUUAUUUGAUCUUGAAGACAUAGAAGGAGGAAAGGUUUUGAUGGGAAAUAACACUAUCAGCGAGAUUAAAGGGAUCGGGAAAAUCAGGAUCAUGAAUGAUGAUGGAUCAAGCGUGAUUCUCACUGAUGUUCGUUACAUGCCUACAAUGGGCAGAAACCUUAUCUCCUACGGUUUAUUGGAGAAGAUGGGAUGCAGAUACGAAGGCAAAGACUUCAUGGUGCAGUUUUACAAAGGAGAUAAGAAGGUUAUUUCUGGAAAAUACUGUGAUGGUCUGUACUACUUACAAGGGACAGUAUUGGAUGGUGAAGCUGCAGUCGCAAGGCCUGAUAUCGAUUUGACUAAAAGGUGGCACUCUAGGCUUGGACAUAUGAGUCUAAAGGGCAUGAAUAUUUUAGUCAAAGACGGAUAUUUAAACGCAAAGGAUGUGAAGACGUUAGAGUUUUGCGAGAAUUGCGUUUUGGGUAAAGCACACAAGCUAAGCUUUCCAAAAGGCAAGCACACGUCUAAGGAAGUCCUAGAGUACAUCCAUUCAGAUUUAUGGGGUUCACCUUCGGUGGUAGAGAGUCUCGGAGGAUGUUUCUACUUUGUUACAUUCAUUGAUGAUUUUUCUAGGAAAGUUUGGAUCUAUUUCCUAAAAUCAAAAAAUGAAGUGUUUCAAAACUUCAAGGAAUGGAAAACAUGCGUGGAAACUGAGACAGGAAAGAAGGUGAAGUGUCUUAGGACGGAUAACGGAUUAGAGUUCUGCAAUACACAGAUGGACACAUUGUGUAAAGAAGCAGGGAUUAAAAGACACAGAACAUGCGUCUAUACUCCACAGCAAAACGGAGUAUCAGAACGCAUGAACCGUACGAUUAUGGAGAAGGUGAGAUGUAUGUUGACAGAGGCAGGCUUAGAGCAAAAGUUCUGGGCAGAAGCGGCUUCUACAGCUGUCUACUUAAUCAAUCGAUCUCCCAGUACAGCUAUUAACUUCAAACUACCGGCAGAGGUGUGGUCUGGAACCAAAACAGACUUAAAUCACCUAAGGAAGUUCGGGUGUACAGCUUAUGUUCACGUGACUCAAGCCAAAACCAGUCCAAGGGCGAUGAAAGGAGUUUUCAUGGGAUAUCCAGACGGGACUAAAGGUUAUCGAGUUUGGUUACCAGAAGAACUAAGAUGUACAGUGAGCAGAAACGUGAUUUUCAAUGAGGAAGAGAUGUUUAAAGACAUUAAAGGAGUCAGCGAGAAGAAGAGGAAAACAAAAAAGGUAACGUUCAAUCCUGUGCUGAUUCAAGGACCUUCAAACACAACUACAGACACUGAAACAGAGGAUACAGUUCAAGGUGGAGUUUCUCCAGCAUCAGAAAACUCGGAACCUGAAUCUUCAAGCUCAGAAAGUGAAGAAGUUGUGGGAACUCAACAGGAAAAUCUAGACAACUACAUUCUUGCUAGAGAUAGAAUCAGGAGAGAAGUAAAGAAACCUUCUAGGUUUGAUGAUUCAGAUUGCGUGGCUUAUGCUCUAGCUACAGCAGAAGAAAUAAAUAAGGAUGAGCCGAAAUCCUAUUUGGAAGCAAGAAGGAGUAAGAGCUGGAAGUUAUGGAACGAGGGAAUGCAAGAAGAGAUGGAUUCGUUGGAGAAAAAUCAGACUUGGAAACUGGUUGAGAAACCAGAGAAAAAGAAGAUUAUUGGCAGCAAGUGGGUUUUCAAGCUGAAAGAAGGCAUUCCUGGAGUAGAGAAGCCGAGAUACAAAGCUAGAUUAGUAGCUAAAGGGUUUUCACAAGUUGAAGGGAUCGACUACACAGAGGUGUUUGCACCAGUGGUGAAACACGUGUCGAUUAGAAUUAUGCUGUCACUUGUUGCAAAUUAUGAUCUUGAUUUGGAACAACUAGACGUGAAAACGGCUUUCCUGUACGGAACGUUAGACGAAGAGAUUUAUAUGGCACAGCCAGAAGGUUUCGUUGAGGAGGGAAAAGAAGAUCAAGUUUGUCUCCUGUUGAAAUCCCUUUACGGAUUAAAACAGUCACCAAGACAGUGGAAUAGGAGAUUUGAUAGCUUCAUGAAACAACAAGGCUUCGAAAGAAGUGCAUAUGAUCCUUGUGUCUACAUGAAAGGUUCAGACUCAUCUCAUAUGGUUUAUCUCUUGAUCUAUGUUGAUGACAUGCUCAUAGCAUCUAAGGAUUCUAAAGAAAUUAAAAGAAUCAAAGAUAGCUUGAAGAGAGAGUUUGAGAUGAAGGACCUUGGAGCAGCUUCAAGAAUACUUGGAAUGGAUAUUAUUAGAGACAGGAAGAAAGGAACUCUAAAACUAUCACAAGGGAAGUAUCUACAGAAGGUGCUGGAAACUUUUAACAUGGCAGAGAGCAAAGCUGUGGUUACUCCUAUCGGACCACAAUUCAAGCUUAAAAGUUUGACACAAAAAGAAGAGCACGAGGAAGCAAGGUUCAUGAAUGUGAUUCCAUACGCAUCAGCCGUUGGAAGUUUAAUGUAUGCAAUGGUGGGAUCUAGACCAGGCUUAUGUUUCGCAGUGGGCUUAAUCAGCCGUUAUAUGAGCAAGCCAGGAAGAAUACACUGGGAAGCUGUUAAGUGGGUGAUGAGAUAUCUUAAAGGAGCUCUAGAUUCAGAUCUAUUGUUUACUAAAGGAGAAGAUUUCAAAGUACGAGGAUUCUGUGACGCAGACUACGCAACCGAUUUGGACAGAAGAAGAUCCGUGACAGGAUAUGUGUUUCAAGUCGGAGGCAACACAAUAAGCUGGAGAUCAGACGAGUUUCCGUUUUGGUUGGGAUCUUUGCCAUCACUAAAUGUUCUCAUCCUCAGAUCAAACGAGUUCUAUGGGCCGUUGUAUCAUCGCCACAUGUCCAUUGGGUUUCAGAGUUUAAAGGUUAUUGAUGUUUCGCACAACGAAUUCACUGGAACUCUCCCAUCUCACUAUUUUUCCAACUGGCGUGAAAUGACCACAUCAAGCGAAGAAAUAGACCAGUACUAUUUUGCCAGCAUUGGUUAUACAACACCUUGGAACACUUAUCAUACUAUUUAUUAUGAAUCUGUUUAUCACUCGAUGGAAAUGGUGAAUAAAGGAGUUGAAAUGAAUUUUGAGCGGAUCCUAAAAGACUUCAGAGCCAUUAAUUUUUCUGGAAAUAGAAUUUCUGGCGAAAUUCCUGAAUCCAUUAGCUGCUUAAAGAAACUACGACUUCUCAAUUUGUCAAACAACAAUUUCAGAAAUGAUAUCCCACGAUGCAUGUCAAAUUUGAAAAAUCUUGAGACAUUGGACCUCUCUAGUAAUAACUUGUCAGGUCAAAUACCUCAAGAUCUUGGUAACCUCUCAUUUCUAUCAUACAUGAACUUCUCCCAUAACCUUCUCGAAGGUCCAGUUCCACGAGGCACACAAUUCCAAAGGCAAACAUGCUCUUCGUUCCUGGACAAUCCUGGACUCUUCGGGCUCGAAGAAAUAUGUCAACAAACCCAUGUCCCCAAUCCUACCUCCCAUCAAUCUGAGGAACUGUCAGAGGCAGAGGAACAAGUGUUCAACUGGAUUGCAGCUGCAAUAGCCUAUGGACCUGGUUUAUUAUGUGGAUUGGUUAUGGGGCAUAUCUUCACUUCACACAAUCAAUAAUGGUUCACAAAAAAUUUUGGUCCAAGAAAACUCAAAGUCACCCACUUGCAAUAAGCAUUUCUAAGGAAUAUAUUGUCCAAUGUAUUUUUUUUGUAUUUGUGCUGAAAUUUGUAGGCGUGUCCUCCAAAGAGUAGUUUGAGUUUGUUUGUAAUUUUCUAUUUAAUGUUUGUGACACUAUUUAGUGAUAUUCAAAAUAUGUAUCUUUUGAAAAUGUAAUACGGGAACUUCCUCCGGGUCAUAUCUUAAAUUUGCGGUAGCCUAGUGAAAAGUCUUCCCUUCUCUUAUACACAGAUAUCACCAUCCACUCGUGUUUCACUUGUAUUAAACCGUAAUGGUUUAUAUGUAUAAUUAGUAGUGCGGGGCUUUCAUUUCCAAUCUCACAAGAGAGUGCUAUAAAAUACAGCUCCUCUGAUUCUGACAGGAGUUUGAAGGAGCAAU